UUUGCUAUGAAUAAAUAAUUAUGAAUUAUUUUAUUUCUACCGUUUCAAUGCAUUAAUAAAUCGAUAUGAUUUAAUUCUUUAGUCUCCUUGCAAUUUGCGUGCCUCUUAAUUUAUUUAUUAGCUAACUUUUUUCCUUGAAACUAAGCAUUUCAUUUGCACCUGUUCGUAAUAAUGAGCUUAGUUGGAAAGAAGUGCGAAUCAAUAUCGCUUUCUGAAACAAACAGGGGCGAUCUAAUUCCAAGUGAAAUCACACCUGACGACGUAUUGCGGCUAAAUAAAAUAACAGACACCUAUUUGUGCAGUCCAGAAGCAAACAUAUAUGACAUAGACUUUACCAGGUUCAAGAUACGUGAUUUAGAAACUGGUACGGUGUUAUUUGAAAUUGCGAAGCCCCCUACGGAUUUUGGUGUUGAUAAUGAAGGAGCAGAAGAUGCUUUGGAGGACGCUCUUGAUCCGAACGCUGGAAGAUUUGUUAGAUAUCAAUUUACACCUCAAUUUCUAAAAUUGAAAACUGUUGGUGCAACAGUUGAAUUUACAGUAGGUGCUCGUCCAGUAAAUCAUUUUAGAAUGAUUGAAAAACAUUUCUUCAGAGACACAUUGUUGAAGACGUUUGAUUUCGAAUUUGGCUUCUGUAUUCCAUUUUCAAGGAAUACUUGUGAACAUAUUUAUGAAUUUCCAACACUGCCACCUGAUCUAGUUGAUGAAAUGAUUGCAGCACCAUUUGAAACAUGUUCUGACAGUUUCUAUUUCGUUGACAAUCACCUUGUGAUGCAUAAUAAAGCUGAUUAUGCAUAUAACGGAGGCAUUAAUAAGUGAACAUAUACAGUUCAUUAUUCAAUUGGCACAAUUUAUUGUACACGAAAUGAUACUACACAAAAUUACCUGCAAAAAUUUUGAAACACAAAAUUGUUCGGAAUUUCGAAUAUUGUGUCACUCUAAGUUUAGGUAAACAAAUAUUUUGUUAAUUAUCAAGACUUUUUUAAUCUUUUUGUGGCU